GGACAAGACAAGGCAAUCUACGAAGAUCUGAAUUACUCCUCCCGAGAUUCUGGUACUCUUCCCCAUGAUACCCUGAUGCGGGGAAAAGCCCCGGAUUUUCCAACUCCCCAGAUUCGCUAGGCCAGUAUCAUGAGAACCCCCAAUCGUACAAAACUCAACCGCCUGCCAGCAAACGCUUCCUUGAUCGAUCUAUAUAAUCACCAUGUGAAACUCACCUAUCUUUCUUGGAGUUUCCUUCAUCAAGUCAAGUCUUACAGUACAGGGGAGUUCUGUUUCUUACCCUGGCUUUACCAUCGCUUCUCAUCAUUCACUCACGACGGUCGAUAGCAUGUCUUCACCGGACGAAAAGACACAGGGCGUUGAAGAUGCCAUACCCGGCUAUGACUCUUCAGAACACACGCAAGGUGUCAUCGUGGGACUCGAGCAACCAGCCGACUUCUCCGAGGUGCAGGAUAUGAAACAAGGCCUCAAGUCUCGCCACCUGCAGAUGCUGGCUCUCGCAGGCGCCAUCGGCACUGGCUUAUUCUUGGGCUCUGGUCGUGCCGUGGCCAAUGCAGGUCCUAUCGGUGCCCUCCUGGGAUAUACUCUCACCGGCCUCAUUGCUGCCGGUGUUGUGCUUCCUGUGGCAGAGAUGGGAGCUUUGGUUCCCUUAAGCGGUGGUGUUGUUCGCUAUGCCGAGCUCUUUGUUGAUCCGGCCUUAUCCUUUGCCAAUGGCUGGAAUCUGGUCUACAAAGGCCUCAUUUUCAUCCCUACUGAGCUUGUUGCUGCCGCCGUGCUUGUCCAGUACUGGUCCGACAUCAAUAGCGCCGUGUGGAUCACAUUAUUUGGCAUUCUCAUGUCACUCAGUAACUUCCUAUUUAUCAAGGUCUUUGGUGAACUCGAGUUCAGCUUUGCGCUACUCAAAAUUGCCUUGAUCGUCAUCAUCAAUGUCAUGUCCUUGGUAAUCAUCUGCGGCGGUGGUCCGAACGGCGAUGUGAUUGGUUUCAAGUAUUGGAAGAACCCUGGCCCAUUUGCGCAAGAGUACCUAGGCUUCACUGGAUCUCUGGGACAAUUUCUCGGGUUCUACACAGUAUUUGCCAACGCCCUCUACGCAUACUCUGGUAUCGAAAAUAUAUCACUUGCAGCGGCCGAGACAAAAAACGCUCGACGAGUCAUUCCACAAGCCGCCAAAAGAGUGUUUUGGAGAAUUCUUAUCUUCUAUGUCUUGACAAUUUUUCUUGUAGGACUUGUCAUUCCCUCAGACAACGACAUGCUAUUACAAUCCAAGGGAGCUGCUGCAUCGCCCUUUGUAAUUUCCGCCCAAAUCGCAGGUAUCAAGGUCAUCCCACAUGUUAUCAACGCCAUCGUCAUCACUUCGGCGUGGUCGUGUGGUAACAUGGGCAUGAUGAGCUACAUUCGAUACCUAUUUGGUCUAGCCAAGAAUGGUCACGCCCCCAAAGUCUUUCUACGGAUCAAUCGCUUUGGUAUUCCUUGGGUCGCCGCCACUCUGUUUACUGUAUUCAUGGCUCUGGGGUAUCUCACCACCUCCAAUGGCGCAGCACAAGUCUUCACAUGGCUGCAAGACUUGCUCUCCACUGCCAUAUUGGUCAACUGGUCAGUUAUUUUGAUAACAUUCCUGCGCUUCUAUUACGGAUGCAGGAAGCAGCCCUCUCUUCUCAUGUGCAUCCUGCUUCUGGUGACUGGCGGUUGGAGAACGUUUCUCGAAGGCCGCUGGGAUACACAGGCGUUUGUCUCCGCGUAUUUUAACGUGCCCUUUGUGCUCGUUCUCUACCUUGGAUACAAGCACAUCAAGAAGACCAAGAUUAUCCCCCUUGAUCAAAUCCCAAUUCGACCCCUGCUUGAGAUUGCACACGCCGAUCCGUCGCCCCCACUCAAGUCUAAGAAGGGUUGGAGGAAGCUCAACAUUCUUUGGUAA